AUGCAAUCGAUAGCAAAAGCCUUCGCAAUUUCCGCCUUUGCAGCAGGCGCGGUGGGUCAGUCGUGUCCCAACAUUCACAUCUUUGGUGCCCGAGAGACUACGGCUCCAGCAGGCUAUGGCACUGGRGGGGAGUUCAUUGACCUGAUUCUCAAUGCCUACUCCGGGGCGACUGCUGAGGCAAUCGAUUACCCAGCUCAGGGCGAUGGGUUAUAUGCAUCCUCUGUCCAGCAGGGCACAAAGAAUAUUGCAAGCCAAAUCAACAGCUUCAACACGAAAUGCCCAGACAGUAAGCUGGUAGUUGUCGGCUACUCGCAGGGCGCACAAAUCGGCGACAAUGCUCUUUGUGGCGGAGGUGAUCCCAACCAGGGCAUCUCAGACACCAAGGCAUUGCUUACGUCUUCUGCGAGCGCUGCUGUAAAGGCCAUCAUUUGGGCCGGAAAUCCGCGUAAUUCACCUGUGGAGAAGAGCGCCUUUGGCCAUGGCAGUUGCACUGCGAGCGGUUUCGACCCACGGCCAUCGGGCUUCAGCUGCAGCAUUUUCCAGGCCCGCAUUCGCUCGUACUGCGAUGCGGCCGAUCCUUACUGCUGCAAUGGCUCUGACGCUGCCGCCCACCAAGCAUAUGGUCAGGUCUACGGCCAGGAUGCGCUGACCUUUGUCAAGAGCAAAUUGGGUUGA